CCUCUUUCUUGGAAAGGAAAAAACAAGCCAAUGAUGUCUGCCAAAUACACUCCAAUCUCAGCUGUUUCUGGAGGAAGAAGGAAUCUCAAGAUGUGUGUGCGAGUUGCUCACAUUUGGUUGAUUCGAGAGAAGAAGGUCCCCACUAGCAUCAUUUUCAUGAACAUGUUACUGGUCGAUGAAAAGGGUGGACGUAUUCAUGCCACAGCUAGAAAAGAUUUGGUGGCAAAGUUCAGGUCCAUGGUUGAAGAAGGGGGUACAUAUCAGCUCGAAGGACGGGUAAUAUCUGGUUCUAAUAUCGGUGAGAAGGUGUUUAUUCCAAGGUUAUCGCUAACACCAUCUGAUAAUAGAAUUCCUUUCAAAUUUAAACGAAGGCAGUUUCCGAUAUCUGUCUCAUUUGCAAUGACUAUUAACAAGAGUCAGGGUCAGUCGCUAGAACAUGUUGGUGUCUACCUACCGUCUCCUAUUUUUUCAUAUGGACAAUUGUACGUCGCAAUAUCACGGGUUACUUCGAGGGGUGGUUUAAAAAUAUUGAUUAAUGACGACGACGGCGAUGAUAUCGAUGUUGCAUCAAAUGUGGUCUACAGAGAAGUUUUCCGUAAUGUGUAGGAC